AUGUUCAGAAAAAGUCGGAACCUAAAAUAUAUAUUAAGUCUUGUACCUGGAAAAAGACGUUUUGGAACGUACAGAUUUUUGCCAGUGUUCUUUUGUAUCGGGGGUGUCAUGGAGUGGAUCAUGAUUAACGUGAGAAUAGGACGAGAAACGUUUUAUGAUGUCUACAGAAGAAAACAAUCGGAGAGGGAAUACCAACACAAGAUUGAUGGGGGCUUGAUUGUUCUGAAGUCUGAAGCCAAAUGAGGACACACUGGAAAUACACGAUCAUCGUGAUGAGGAGACUGAAACCAACACUUUUGCACACUAACACACUUUUGAUAUAAUUCAAAAAUGGGGAUACUAAUAUACAUCAACUGUAAGGCAGCAGUGACAGGGACUGCGCAACUGAGGACAGAUGAUGUGCAAAAGACUGCCAGUGUGUUUCUGUGAGGAAGGUGCAAUUUUUGUAUUGACUAAGAUAAAGAUGUUAUUUACGCAAUAAAAAUGGUCUGUUCUGUGAUUCAAACUAA